AUGCAGCCGGACUCGAUCUCCCUCCCUCGCCGCCAUCAAGGUCCGCUCCCUCCCCCCGCUUCCCUCCCCGACCACCCCCUCUCCACCGAAACCCCCACCGCCAACGCCCAGCGCAAGAUCGGCAUCGCCGUCGACCUCAGCGACGAGUCCGCCUUCGCCGUCAAGUGGGCGGUCAGCCACUACAUCCGCCCCGGCGACGCCGUCAUCCUCGUCCACGUCCGCCCCACCUCCGUCCUCUACGGCGCCGACUGGGGCUCCGUCGACCUCUCCAUCGUCGACGCCGACAACGAGGAGUCGCAGCGCAAGCUCGAGGACGAUUUCGACACCUUCACCACCACCAAAGCCUCCGAUCUCUCGCAGCCGCUCGUCGACGCGCAGAUCCCCUUCAAAAUCCACAUUGUGAAGGAUCACGACAUGAAGGAGCGCCUCUGCUUGGAGGUGGAGCGCCUAGGGCUUUCCGCCUUGAUCAUGGGGAGCAGGGGAUUUGGGGCUACGAAGAGGGGGAGCGAUGGGAGGCUCGGGAGCGUGAGCGAUUACUGCGUGAGGCACUGCGUCUGUCCUGUUGUUGUUGUGAGAUAUCCUGAUGAGAAGGAUAAUGCUGAAGGGGCUGUUGUUUCCGUGGCGUCUGCGGCCGAGGAUGAGGAUGAGCCUGAGUAUCAUGAUGCGUCUGAUGGUAGAAAAGGUUUGCCCUCUCGUCAAUGUUAGGUUUGCUUUUUUCUAUUUGUACGCUUUCAUUGUAAAUUUGAGCUGUUUUUGAUCGAUGAAUUUGAUGAAUCAUAGCCAAUUCAGAUGGAAUUACUUA